GGCAGCCUGAAGGAGCAGGACUGAUAUAUAAAGACUUUGAGAAGUGACCAGUGCAACAGUUUUGCAGGAAGCUAGGUUUAAAAUGAAGGAACUGCUGAUUGCGACAUUCUUGAUCAUGUUGUCCACGUCUCUUCAAAAAGAAAGUCCUGGUGAUGUAAGUCCAGCGGAGAUUUUUCUUGUGAAGUCCAAGGUGAAGGAAGGUCAAGAAGUGAAAUUUCAGUGCAAAGUUACUGAUGUGAGAACAAAGAGGGUUUAUGCGCACCUCUGCGCGAGUGGUACCACAGUGAAGACAGCAGAACUUGAAAAAACUAAAGAUGGUGUAAUGUUUGUCUUUGACAAAGUUACUGUGAAAGAUUCAGGCUUGUACACCUGCGUUUAUUCUUUGGAGAAAGAUGCUGCAUGUAAGAUGAAUAUAAUAGGAUUUAACUCAGCCUCACUGGAAGUUUCUAAAGGUCCUGGUGAUGUAAGUCCAGCAGAGAUAUUUGUUGCUAACUCCAAGGUGAAGGAAGGUCAAGAAGUGAAAUUUAAGUGCAAAGUUACUGAUGUGAGAGCACAGAUGGUUUAUGUGCACCUCUGCGCGAGUGGUACCACAGUGAAGAUAGCAGAACUUGAAGAAACUAAAGAUGAUGUAAUGUUUGUCUUUGACAAAGUUACUGUGAAAGAUUCAGGCUUGUACACCUGCGUUUAUUCUUUGGAGAAAGAUGCUGCAUGUAAGAUGAAUAUAAUAGGACGUAACUCAGCCUCACUGGAAGUUUCUGACAUUUUGCCAGCGAAGAUUACAGGAGAAAAGAGCUCUUUAAGAGAGGGUGAAGACCUGACGCUGACGUGCAGCAUCACAGGGCAUCAAAGCUGCUCUGAAGUCUAUGUUUACUUGUGUUUAAAUGGAAUCGGGAACAGCACCAGGACAGUGAACUGUAGCAUUAAAUCUACUACUACAACAUUCCUUCUAAAAAAUGUCAAACAACAACAGUCUGGUAACUAUAGCUGUGUGUAUUCGACUUCUAAUUACUCUCUCAGUGAGGUGAGAAAGACUGGAGAAAACUCCAUCUAUGUUGAAGUGCAUGAUCACCAAAUCAGCAAUCUACAGUGGCAUAUCAAUUUUACCAGAAUAUUGAUCUCAGUAGGAGUCAUUCUUUUUGCAUGUAUAAUAGUAAUUUUUGACAUCAUGACAACAGGGCAUAUCUUUGUCCGAGCACCAAUGACCUGA